AUGAAUGAUGAUAACAAGUUAGGUAAACCUUUAUUAAACCCAGUGGAUAACGUUGGAUAUGGUUCAGAGAUCAACUCUGAAGAAUGCGAAGAAUUACUGCCGGAAGACGAACGAACUGACACCGUUCAUGAAGGCAAAUUAUUAAGAGAUUGGGAAGGAUUUAUGACUUUAGUAAAAGUCAAUCUCGGAACCGGUAUAUUGGGUCUUCCGUUUGCUAUGAAAAACUCCGGGUUAUUGUUUGGACCAAUUCUCCUUUUGUUUAUGGCUGUCUUAUCCACUCAUUGUAUGCAUAUGUUGGUUACAAGUAGUCAAAUCAUCAGCAAAAAUGUUAAGGCACCAUCUGUUGAUUACGGAAAAACUGCUGAAUUUAGCAUUAUUAAAAUUUUUCCAAAGAAAUCUUUUUAUGCUAGAAAAUUUGUCAAUUGUGUAAUUUGGAUGAUGCAGUAUGGCUUUUGCGCAACAUAUAUACUCUUUAUGGCUGAAAAUCUUAAGCAGUUAGUUGGUCAUUUUGAUGUAAAAAUAUGGAUGCUGCUACUGGUGCCUCCCCUUAUAGUUUUCAGUUACAUCCGCUCACUGGACAUCCUGUCUUACAUGUCAUUUUUCGCAAAUAUUUGCUUGGUUACUGGUUUAAUCAUUAUUUACCAGUAUAUAUUUCAAGGCAUUCAUCAUAUAGAAAAGCUACCACUAAUUGCAUCACUUGAUGCUAUUCCCCUAUCGUUUGGAAGUAUCAUUUUUGCUUUUGAAGGCAUAUGUGCUGUUCUUCCACUAGAAAAUAGGAUGAAAAAGCCUAAGAAUUUUAGUAAAGUUUUAUGGGCAGCACAGACUUUUAUUACAAUCUGCUACAUGUUGAUGGCUGUUGGGGGUUAUCUUCGUUACGGCUCUUAUAGUCUGGGUAGCAUUACACUUAAUUUACCAAAAACACCUCUAUAUCUAAGUGUUCGUGGUCUGUAUGCUAUAAGCAUCUUCCUCUCAUAUUUGCUGCAAUUUUACGUCCCAGCGAACCUGGUUUUGACACACUUGUCACGUAAUGCAUUAGCUGAGGCUGGUGAGAUCAAAAAAGGAUCAAUUGAUCUAGCAUAUCGAACUAUAAUGGUCAUAGUAACAGCUGCUCUAGCGAUUGCAGUUCCUAAGCUUGGUUUAUUUAUUUCAUUAAUUGGAGCUUUUUUGGGCAGCAUGGCGUGCCUGGUUUUCCCUGCUUUGAUCGAGAUUGGAACACAUUAUUCGUAUUGUCCUCCUGUUUCCAAAUGGAUGAUCUUGAAAGACAUUAUUAUUAUCAUUUUGGGCUGCUUAUGUGGUAUCACUGGAACAAGUGUGACUAUUUAUCGUUUAGUUCUGGCUUUCAAUGGUCAUACAAUUCAUCAUAAUAGUUUGGCCAAUGUUACUCUGAAUUUAUUCUAA